AUGCUGACCUCGACCAUCGAGGACACUUUUUCAGGCAGAGCCGCCAGCACCCUUCUGAAGCGGGCCUCAGAUUUCUCCAGGUUUGCCAAGUGGAUCGUAGCUAACAAAGGGCGCCUGCUGGCGCCGUCCGAAGGCGAGUUGUAUGCUUACAUGCUUCACUUGCGACGGGAGAAAGCCGGAGCUACCGCCGGCGAGUCUUUUCUCAAGGCCUACAAGUUCUUUGUGCACUUGACCGGGGCAGAGAAAGGCUCCAGGAUUUCCCCUCGUGUGCAGGGAGCAGCCAAGCCGAUGUCCAUGGCCAAACGGCCGCUCUGGCAAGCACCGCCCCUUCCAGUGGAGGCAGUGCGGCUCCUGGAAGAAUUGGUUCACGAGUCCGAGGAUUAUGCCAGGGCCAGCAUAGCAGGGUUCAUUCUUUUCUGCCUCUACUCCUCGGCUCGAUGGUCGGAUGCGGCUCGAGGGACCCACUUGUGCAUUGACGUGGCAGGUAACGGGCUUGUCCUUCUUGAGUGUUCGACAAAGCAUUACAAGACGAAGGCCAAGGACCGAAAGGAUACCGUGUUGCCUUUGAUUGCACUGGGCAGCGGCCUUACUCAGCCCUCAUGGGGACGGAACUUUCUGGGAAGGGCCAUGACGGCUGCGGAGGGUUCCUUGUGGCUUCGUGAGUUUUUGCACUUGCAGGGUUUCGCGGGGGAUCUUGAACAGUACAGCUCGCACAGCCUGAAAGCAACAGCCUUGUCCUGGACGGCCAAGAGCGGGACCAUGACCUACGAGGAGCGCCUCACCCAGGGGCAUCAUUGCAGCCCAAAGCACGGCAUGGCUCUCCUGUACUCGAGAGAUGCGCUUGCAGAAAUCAUAGUGAAGGUAGCCAAGGUCGUGAGUGCUGUGAGCAGGGGAGUGCUUAGUCCCGACCUCCCGCGAGCCGAGAGGGUUGCAAGAGGCCUGCAUGGCAAUCCAGCAGAUUUUGCACAUCUUCCAGAGACGACGGCUGAGGAUUUACCGGCCGAGGAGCCUCAAGACGAGAAUAACUCCGAGGCCGGGUCUGACAUAACAAACCUCGACGGUCUCGAAGCGGACCUGGGGGCACCGGCCCCGGAGGAGGUCCGUCCUCGGCUCAGCUGCACGUUUUCGGGAGAGACCUACAUGCACGUCUUGAGUGGAGUGGUGCAUAAGCUGGUCAACCCCGGAAUUUUUGCGGUAGGAAGGUCACUGCGAACAGGAGGCUCAGGAGAAUGUCUGCCAGCAGUGCGCGGCUUGAAGAAAAGAGGAUGUGCUCAGUUGAUCGUUUGCUGA